ACGUGAGUGGGGGGAGGGUGGGCCUAAAUGGUGUUAAUAACGGAGGAAGGAAGUGGAAAACUUCAGGAGAAUGGCGUCGCCGGAAGAAUGGGACCAGUCGGCGUUCAGCCGGGCCCUAACAAAGAGGUCAGACCAACGCCUGUCAUGUCCGUCACUGAAGUGGACAAGGAUGGCGACCACAGCGAGGAAUCGGGAGAAAACGAGGAGGUCGAAGCUGAUUACACCCGGAAUUACUGGGAGGAUGAGGACGAUAUCUAUCAAGAGUUUGAGGAAUUAGACUUUGAGGCCCUGUCGGAGGACUCGGACACGAGGAGCAUCGCCUCUGACGAUUCCUUCUACCCCAUCGACAGUUCCGUGGGGUCGGACGGUCUCCGCUCUCCCAGCCCCGAGAGUCCGGAGCCCAUCACCUUCUUUAAGGCGUGCUGCAACAACAACGCCAUCAUCGUCAAGAUCAUGAUCAGACAAGGAGUGACGGAGGAGGAAGUGCAGGAGACGGACCGGAACAGAAGAUCGGCACUGAUUGUUGCUUGUUACCAUGGUUACGUGGACGUGGUCAUUGCCCUGGCUCAAUGUCCUUACAUUGACGUCAACUGGCAGGACAACGAGGGCAACACUGCCCUCAUUACCGCAGCACAAGCAGGUCACGUGAUCAUCUCCUACUUCCUGCUCAACUACUUCAGUGGACUGGACAUCGAGAGGAGGAACUGUCACGGCUUCACAGCCUUGAUGAAGGCGGCCAUGCAGGGUCGGGCCGACUGUUGCCGCAUGAUCAUGCUGGCCGGAGGCGACGUCCAAGCCCGGGACGGCGGGCGCAAGAUGACGCCCAGAGAGUGGGCUCUGUUCACGGGCCGCUACGAGACCGCCAACCUGAUGUACCGCCUCAUGAUGAAGCCGUGUGCCGAGCAGUUCUGUGACUGCUUCAGCCUGGAGUGGCCCCUGCUGGAGGAUUUGGUGUCCCAGGCCCAAGAGCCCAAGUCCUGCUGCAAGCGUCUGGUGGGCCUCCUGUCCUGUUGCCCUUUCAGAUUUUACCUCAGCAACAAGGUCAACCCUCUGGAUGACGGCGUUCUGGAACACAUGGUCAGAAUCACCACCGGUCUCAGCAGUCCGGUCGUCGCCACCGCCUGUCGCACCGUGUGCCCGGGGAGCCCCCCCUGCCUGGGGAAACGGCGCUACGCGGUGCAGGAUAUCCUCAGGAAACAACGGCUGGCCGACCUUAAGAACCUGGGCCCCGAGAGACUGAACCACUACAAGACCUUCUUCCAGAACUCCCGCGUCCUCCUCAUCCCCAAGGCCAGGGAUCGCCGGGCCAGCCUCCAACCUCAGAUUCUGACGGACAUGGCGGCGGCGGCGUCCUCGGUGGCCAUGAGGCGGGCCAGUCUGCUGCCCCUCCACCUGUUGAGGAGGAGCAGCGUGCGGCCGGGCAUCGUGGUGCCCAAGGUGAGGCUCUGCAAGGCGCCGGCUCCUUCCUUCAUACCGGAAAAACUGCGACGGACUCAGAACUACCAACAGCUGCAGAUCCCAAAGUGGAACUACAAGAUGAAGAAGGUGGAGAGGAAGAGGGAGGAGAGACAGAGACUUUUACCGAUGACCAGGAGAAGAUGA